AUGAGCGCAGACGCCGGCAGCAGGGCCCCUGCACGCCGCCGCCCACUGAAUGUCCGGGUCGCUGUGCUGCUGGCGCUGGCGCUCGCCUUGCUGGCGGCCUCCUUCCGACUCAGCAGCACCAGCCUCGGCAGCUGCGGCGGCGCCGGAGCCACAGCCACAGCCACUCGUGCCGCCGCCACCACCUUGGCCGCCACUAGCAGCAGCAGCAGCAGUGGCUCAGGCAGCCUGCAGCCGCAGCCGUAUGAGGGUGACCCCCCAGACUGCGAGCCGCCGCAGCUGGACCGAGGAGCACUGCUGGAGUAUGGCUGCCAGAUCGACGAGCUCGCCUGCUUCGACCAGAACGUGAUCAUCCGUUACGACCUGCCCCCAGACGCCAACCUGUCUGUGCCCUAUUACGACUUUGGGUGGACGCCGUCGUACGUCCCGGGCUACGGGGAGAGCUUCCCAGCAGUCAACAGCGGCGCCCCCGGCGGCCUCCAGGCGCUGCCGCUGAUGCGGCGCAACUCCUCGGCCGACCGCCCCGACCUGCGGGAGCCGGCCUUCUCCCGCUGCCACGUGCCGCUCAUCUGGGCCUCGCCCUGGCACCAGGCCUACGGCGAGUGGGUGCCCAACACCCUGGCGCCGCUCUGGCACAUGCAGGCGGAGCGCAUGUUCGACCGGCGCAUCCUGCUGGUGCCCGCCAUUGACGGGUACGAGAAGCAGGCCUUUGUGGACCUCACCCUGGCGCCCUUCUCCACCAAGCCAGUUGUGCCGCUGCACGAGCUGGGGUCUCGGGCCAGGGCUGCAGACCCCUCCCACCCGCGCUGCUUCCAGACGAUGGUCACGUGCCAGCUGAGGGGGCUGUACUACGACAGACCAUCGCCCAAAUUCCAAGAGACCGCCGACAACGGCAGCACCUACUUCACGUUCGACCGUGACGAGCGCUGGUGGUGGUUUGAGCCUGCCCAGGCGGGGCGCAGCCUUGUGGACUACUACCGCCGAGCAGGCCAGCUGCCCGCGCAGCCCGACAGGCCACCUGGCACGCUGAAUGUGCUGGUAUCCAACCGGACGGGCCUCAUACGCCGCUUCAUCCACCUGGACGAGUUUCUGAAGCAGUGCAACGCCUGGAAGCCGCCCGGCAAGUCGGGCUACAAGCGAGCCCGCUGCAGAGCCCACACCUUUGGGUCUGGAGCCGACGGCGCAGCGUUUCUGGAGGAUGUGAGGGUGAUGACUGAAACCGACAUCUUCCUGACCCACCACGGCAGCGAGUGUGUGAAUGGGUGGUUCAUGCCGGCGGGGUCCUCUCUGGUGGAAGUGCGCAUGAAGGGCUUCCGGGGGAGGUGGCCGGACACCUUUGCCCGCAGCAUGUUCCGUCAGGAGGAUGAGCAGCUCUACUGGAUGGCCCAGGUGGUGGGCAACGCCAGCUGGCGCCCCGCGCUGUGGGAGACCAAGCGUGUGACAGACUUUCACUACAUCCAGCGGGACCGUCACACUGUGCUGCGCUGGCGCAGCCUGCGACCGCUGUUUGAGCGCAUACUGAGCGUGGGACGGGACAAGGAGGCCUACCGCCAGCUGGCUUGGGACGAGGUCCGGUGGGAGAUCUGA